AGCACACUAAGCCAUGCACCAAAAGAAAAAAAAAAAAAACAAACGAACAAAUCCAAUAUGAGUGAGCUCUUCCAUGAAUGUUCCUUAGGUUGGGAUUAUCAAAAUCUUGGAGUUCUCAACACUGAAAUGCCUUUAGUCAUGGCUGAGAACAAUGUUGCGCCAUGUUUCUCACCUCUAGAGUCUGAUUUCUCAUCGGGGUAUUUGGAAGACGCUUUGAUUGAAUUUACUUCCAAACGUCGACGGUUGCUGCCUCAUACGGAUGAACAAAGCGUGAAUGUCGACAUUGAUCUUCAAAAGAACUUUUGGAACUUCGAGCCCAUAUGGCACCAACCAGCAGAGAAGUUCUAUUGUAUUACCAUGAACCAGAUAGAAAGCAACGUCAGGGAAUUUUCAGAUGAGCCCAUAAGCACGUCCAUGAGCAGAAUCACAGAGGAAUCGAACAUUCAGGCAAUGUCAAAAGGACAAGAAAAGACAGCAUUAUCAGCCAAUGAAUCUCCUGAUUCAUCCUCAUCUUCCUACAAAAUCCCAGUUACAUCCACAACCACAGAGGAGGAGAACUUAUUCUGCACAGACCCCACAACAACCUCAGCAGGAAGUAGCAGUGAGAAGAGGAGGAAGAGGGUGAUAACAAGAGUAGUGUAUCCAUUUGCAAUGGUGAAACCAGGAGGGAUCAGAGAAGGAGAAGUGACAUUGAAUGACAUAAAUGAGAGGAUCCUGAUGCCUCCGACUAGGCCAGUGAGGCACCCUGUCGGCGACUUUGCGAGCCGGCCAUGCUUAUCAGCCACCGGUGCAGGCCUCUCAGGCAAAGCAGUGGUGGCCCUUACUAGGAUUCACACUCAAGGAAGAAGAGGCACCAUCACUAUUAUCAGAACCAAGGGUUGAUCACAACAAUUCCUUGCGCUGGAAAUGAAGCAGCUUUUUGGCUCUUACACACACACAACGACGCAUGAGUUUUUAUUUUUUUUUAGAUCUUCCAAUUGUAUAGAUAUAUAGUAAGCCAUAUAUAAUGAUAUGUGUGCCUUGAGUAAGUUUUGAAGGCGUUUCUGUGAGAUUGAAUUGAGGUCCAACAGGAAAAGUUAUCGGAGUUGAAUUGAUGAUGAGAAGAAAGAAAAAGAUAAAAGGAGCAUGAAGGAAAAGAAGAAGGAGGAGGAAAUAGCUCAAAAGACGGGUCUCUAGAGGAUUGAGGUUGUCUUUAAUUUGUUUAGACUUUGGGUCUUUAUGGCAAAGACAAAUUAGAAGAGAUGGCACUCUUUAUUCUGCAAAAAUGACUCUCUUUUUUGGUCCUUCGUUGAGAACUUAGAUGAGGGAUCUAGAGAUAUGUUGGUCGGUUGAGGAAAAACCUUAUGUCAUGUUUGAAUUUGCAACGAAGUGCUUGCAUUCUAUUCAGAUACA